GACACUUCAACCAGGGAGAGCGACUCUCCAAGGAGGAGGAGGAGGAGGACUCAUUCUUAUCUUCUCAACUCUGCUAGCAUGGCGCAUAAACAACAGCCUGCCUGCUUUGUUUUCAACUCUGGAAAGCAUCCGUGGACUCAAGUCCUCACGGAAACGGCUUGCUCCGGCAUGUUGAAUCGAUAAUUUGCAUCAAAAUAUGGUUAGGCGGUGAAACAAAAGGUGUGCCACCCCGGCCCUGCUGUCAUGGAGGUGGGCAGCCUCCCAGUGGAGUUGUGGAGGGUUGUUUUAGCAUACCUGCCUCUCGCCGACCUGGGUCGCUGCUGCCAGGUAUGUCGCGCCUGGAGGGAGCUGGUCCUCUCCCUGGACAAUACCCGCUGGAGGCAGCUGUGCCUCGGCUGCCCAGAGUGCCGACACCCUAACUGGCCCAGUCAGCCUCACUUGGAGCCCCCGUCGUGGAGGGAGGCCCUGAAGCAGCACGCCCUGGCCACCCGCACCUGGACUCAAAAUGGACCCGAGCACCAGUCCUCAGCCUGCUUGCUUUUAUUUAGGCGUAGGAAAGACCGCAGGAUUUGGCAUGUGGGAGCUGGGUUUGAGUUUGAGACCCUGAGAGGAGCUCUUGGAGUGGCGGGGCCUUAUGAUCGAUUGGUUCUCCAUCCAGGGGUGUAUGAGGAGCAGGCCGAGGUAGCCCUGAAAGUGCCUGUGGAGUUGGUUGGACUGGGUACACUGGGUGAAGUGGCCGUCCUGGUGUGCCUGGAGCAGCAGUGUCCAACUGCCAGGUUGUGCAAUCUGGUCUUCAUGCCACCUUGGUUCUCCACUGUGGUCUACAAGACAUCAUGGGGUCAUGUCCAAAUCGACAACUGUAACUUUGAGGGGUCUCAGCUACAAGUCCGCGGGCCUGGGACUUGCCAGGCUCGCUUUUGCUCCUUCUCAAAGGGCAGCUCGGUGCACUUGCUUGGCGUGGCCCUCAGCUUACUGGAUAGCUGUGAUUUCUCAGGGAGUGACACAGCUUCUGUGACUGUGGAAGGUCCGCCGGUGUCAGAAAAGAACUGGGCUUGUAAAUAUAUGGCCGCCCUGGCUAGGACAUUCUCACCGUGUGAGGUUAUUAAAAUCAGCCCCCAUAGAGGGAAUUCCACAGGUUCUGAUACUGGUGUUAAAAAGGAGCACAUACGUAUGGAGAACUGGCAGAGGGAAACCGGAGUGGAAGGACCAGGGCAGGGCACAGUGAUUAAAGAUAGCUGGAGUGACAGUGAAGAGGAGGGGAGCAAGGAUGGAGAAAGAACUAAAAACCCAUUAACACUGGAUUACAAAAUCCCAUAUGACAACCAUGGCCUGUCCCACUUAUUGAAGGCACGUCCAGAUGGAUCCUUGCCAUCAGCCUCCUCCCCGAUUCCCCCAUGUUCAACUCCGGAACCCCUCACUAUCCAGCAAGAACUUGAGCGGGACCCCGAGGCUCAGAUGUUUGUGACGUCCACUCUGGGCUGCAUCAUCCGCCGUUGUCUCUUCAGGGAGGGGAAGGGAGGAGUCCAUUUGUCUAACUACGGUCAAGCUCGACUGGAGGACAAUGUUUUCCGUUGUCUGAACUAUGGGGUUAGAUGCAUCCAGAACUCUAUAAUAGUGAUGCGGCGGAAUGAGGUGUGCGAGUGCCGAGCAUCAGGCGUGUUCUUUCGUCUGUCGGCUCAGGGACUCAUUGCUGAAAAUGACAUCCACUCAAACGGGGAGGCCGGGGUGGACAUCAGGAAAGGCGCUAACCCCAUCAUUGUGUGUAACAGAAUACACAGUGGCUUGCGCUCUGGCGUUGUUGUGCUUGGCAAUGGAAAGGGCUCACUUCGAAGCAACCGGAUCUAUAACAACAAAGAAGCAGGCGUGUACAUCCUCUUCAGUGGGAAUCCUGUAGUCUGCGGGAAUCACAUCUUCCAAGGGCAGGCAGCAGGGAUCGCUAUAAAUGAGAACGGAAGAGGGAUGAUAACAGAGAAUGUCAUCAAGGAGAAUCAGUGGGGAGGUGUGGACAUCCGCCGAGAGGGAGACCCCAUUCUGAGGAAUAACUACAUCUGUCAGGGCUACUCCGAUGGCAUUGUUGUGGGAGAACGAGGCCGUGGACUCAUCGAGGGAAACCAUGUCUACUGUAACAAAGGGUGCGGCGUGUGGGUUAUGUCAUCUAGCCUCCCGCAGCUCAUUGGAAACUACAUCACCCACAACUGCAUGUACGGCCUGGCCGUGUUCUGUAGGAAGGACCCGGAGAACAUCGAGAUCAGGGACGGGAACUGGCCAGGGCACGAAGGGAUCAAUGGAGAAGACAGCGGUGACAGGAGGGGCGUAGUAGAGGAAGAUGGCAGAGAAGAGCAGGAAAACCUACAUGAGGAGGGGGAACUCUUUGCGUGGGAGAGCGAUAUGGACAGCGAGGAUGAGCGUCACUCGGCACACCGCUCUAUCAGUGUGGCGCUGGUGGAGAGCAACUGUAUGAGCUUCAAUGGAGCUGUUGGGCUGUAUGUGAAAACCAGUGAGCCACUCAACAUUUUCAGCAACCUUGUCAACCAUAACCGGGGCAUCGGUAUUGCCGUGCUGCAAAGCAAUCAGCUCACCCGCCUGGUAACCAACUGCAUUCUUGAAAAUAUCAGAGGGGGCGUUACAGUGGACAAAGACUGUCGUGUGGAGCUCCGAGGUAACGGUAUAUAUGAGAACAACGGCCACGGUGUCAGCUUCACUGGAAUUGGACAGAUGCUGGAGAAUGAUGUGGUUGGAAACAGCGGAUAUGGGAUCCAAGUGUGUGGAAGCGGUGAUGUCAAGGUGCUUCACAACCGUGUACAGCCAGCACUGGGUGGUGGCAUUGCUGUGCUGGGAUCAGUAAAAGCAGUGGUAUCUGAUAACCAGCUGUUCCAGGGACACCCAGAAAGCCAAAAAACUCUUUUACACUUGAACCCUGGCAACAAGAGCUGUGUGUUACGCAACAACAGUAUUUUAAGACAUAAUAGCAGCUGUAACUCUGUCCCCACCUGGAUUCUGGAAAACCCACCCCCUCGUCCACUGUCCAGCCCACCUUCAGGACUCUCCUCCUCCCAGUAUCCCUCCCGAGUAGGAAUCUCUAUGACAACCAGGAUCAGCGCCACAGUGGAGAAUGGUUGCCACAGCGGCAGCAUGUUCUGCUCUAUCCUGUGAUAAGCACUUAAUCAUGAACCUUUAUAGCGACUUUGCCAAGAGUGAACAUCGACGUCUCACUGCCCUCAACAUGCCUCAAAGAUAGAUUUGUAUAAUAUUGCACCAAAAAUAUCCUGGACCUCCAAAGUCAAGCACAAACACAGGAUUCUGGUUCCUCUAAUUUUAACAUACAGUUUUCCAUAUAAAAUAAAAUAAGUGUAUCAA